GUUUAGUCGGUUCAGACGGAUGGGGAUCGCCAGUCAUUGCACAUGUUGCAAGCCACGCCCACUUGCCCCUGGACGAGGUCACGCUUGCAACGGCGCUCUCGAGGGUCAACUACACCACGGCGCUUGUGGGCAAGUGGCACCUGGGUUCCUUCUGCAACUUCCUAGGGAGGAGCUGCCCCGGGCCCCUCAACCACGGCUUCCAGACCUUCUUCGGCAUCCCCGUCACCCUCUUCUUCGAGUUCCGAGGCCCUUACCCCUUCUGGAAGUUCGACCUCGAGAAGCCGGAGUACCAGCGCCUUCUCGGGACGUGGGUGGCGGCCAUGGUGAGUCUCGCCUUGGGAAGAAAGUACUUCUCCUGGCGACUUCGAUCUCUCUUCUUCCUGCUGGUGGUCAUCAACGCCCUCUUCUCCGUGUACUGGUUCGUGGUGGCUCACGUCGGGAUCAACAAGGAGUGUCUGUGGGGGGUGUCUCCGUGGCUUCAGCGGAUGGCCAACUCCCUCCUCAUGCGUCAGGACACGGUGGUGGAGCAGCCCAUUCAGCUCGACGGACUCUCUCAGCGCUUCGUCGAGGAAUCCCGCAGGUUCUUGGAGGAACACGCCCACGACGAGCAGCCCUUCUUCCUCUUCCACUCCUUCGGACACGUUCACACGCCCAUGUACUCCGCGCCGCACAUGACGGGCGUGAGCAAGCAUGGGAGCUACGGGGACAACGUGGAGGAGAUGGACGAGGGCGUGGGAGCCCUGAUGGCCGCCCUCAAGGAGCUCGGCCUCGAGGACAACACCAUCGUGUACUUCACCUCCGACCAGGGCGCCCAUCUCGAGGCCAUGGACCUCGAGGGGCGGCGGAUCGGGGGCCAUAAUGGGCGGUUCAAGGGAGGAAAGGUCAUGGGCGGCGCCGAGGGAGGCAUUCGCGUGGCGGGUAUUUACCGAUACCCCGGGCACAUCCCAGCGGGCAAGACCUUGGACACGCCCACCUCCCUCAUGGACCUUAUGCCCACCGUUCUCGAACUGGCAGGCCUGCCCACCAUGCAGGACAUCGUGGCCAAGUCGCAUGCGCUCAAGCCUCGCCAGGAUCUGGACGGCGAGAGCAUUGCCGACCUCCUGAAGGGGAAGACCCGCCCCGCUUCGCACCCUCCGCGCAUCUUCCUUCACCACUGCCGGAAGAACGUCCAUGCUGUCAGGCUUGUCACAGAUAAGCACAUCUACAAGAUGUACCUCUUCAAGCACAAGUGGCACCCGGGCAGCACCCAGUGCGGCUGGGGGCACUCCGUCGGCUGCCACUGCCACCCGACCUGGAUGCACGACCUGACCAAGCAGCCCGAGCUCUAUGACCUCAAGGUUGACCCCUACGAGGACAAGGAUCCCAUCAGCCCCAGCAGCCAGGAGUACAAGGAGGUGGUGGGGCAGCUGCAGAAGUACCUGGAGGAGUGGCACCGGACCGUGCACUACCCGACGCCGCAGCUCACGUCGCUCUUCGAAGUCGCUUGGACGCCGUGGAUGCAGCCCUUCUGUCUCACCUGCUGACGAGAGGGCAGUCGGGAGAGGGCGCUCGGGGGAGGAAUGUAGUUCUGAAGUGAAAUUU